AACAAUUCCAAAUGAGAAAUCGCUACAAGCCAUAUCCCUUCCGUCUGUCACUCACCACUGUGAGGUUACUGAGAUUCCUAAAAUACUUUCUUAAUACGAGAUUGAAAGUAGAUGAAUAAUCGUAAUUGAAGGGAUUUUCUAAUUUACUAUUAAAAAAAAUAAUAACAAAGGUGUCUUUUGUCGAAUAAUUUUUAUCUAAAACCAUGUCUCUACCGAAAGCAGUUGGUAAAUUCAUUGUCGUCGGCUCACAAGUGAUGAGCAGGGCUUUUAUUCAGGCAUACAAACAAAUGAUAGCUAAUUCCAGCCAGCAAAGUACAGGCACAAGCCAAGAAAGAAAUGCCGAGAAAGCCAAGGUAGCUCGACGGGGAGAGAUUACUAUUCGCGAAGCUGGUGAUAUUCUAAGCGUUAAAGUGGAUCCAUUAAGCAAGGAAGAGUUAGAACAGAGAUUUCAACGUAUGUUCAAAAUCAAUGAUCCAAAGGAAGGAGGAUCCUUUUAUAUACAAAGCAAAGUAUUUCGUGCUCAUGAGAGGCUUAUGGAAGAGCUCAAACAGAAGGAGCCACCAGAGUCAGACAGGCAAGAACAACAGACAACCCAUACCUAAUACUGUUUCGCCUGUAUGUGUGUUUAGCAAAGGAAGAGCUUUUGCAAGAGUAUUUCUUUGAAAAAGUUGAAAGAAAAUUGCAUUAUCAUUUUCAUGAGAGUUUCGUAAACUAAUAUGGGUCGGAAAUGUACAAUGAAGUUUACAACUCCUUACUAUGGCCUAUAGUGGAAUAUCAAUUUUGUCAUCUUUUGAGAAAUGAAUAGCAUUUCAGCAUUCUACUAAGUAUAACUUAUAACAAAACACAUGUAGAUGAACAAAUAGGCGGUAUGAAAUAUCUUUGGCAAUAAUUAAGUAUGUAGGGAUCUGCGUGAAAAUUUAGAAACAUUAGAAUACGAAGACAAUUUUGAAUACGCUAUCUGACAGUAAAUUUUCUACUCAUUUCUUUUUCGUGUCUUUUUAUUGUCAUAUCAUAAAGUUCAUCACCCGAUCUCUCUUCUAAGCUGUGUAAACCAUCAAUA